GCCCUGCCCGGGGCCUGCCUGCCAGCUCUCCUGCCCGUCCAGUUCAAGCCUUCAGACAGGCCCUCAGAGAUCUCAGAGCCCAACUUCAGCUUGAUUCAGUACAAUCUGGAAGAGUGACCACUGAGCUGUUUGAAUGAAAGGCUUGCGUUUGUUGGCUCCAGAGGGAGGCUGCUGCUUGGAAGAUAAGAAACUCGUAGGCUUGGAAGUACAUCUAUCCAUCUUUCUAUGAAAAAAAUAAAAUGGCAUCUAGAGGAAAGACAGAGACAAGUAAAUUAAAACAGAACUUAGAAGAACAAUUGGACAGACUAAUGCAACAGUUACAAGAUCUGGAAGAGUGCAGAGAUGAACUUGAAGCAGAUGAAUAUGAAGAAACCAAAAAAGAAACUUUGGAACAGCUGGGUGAAUUCAAUGAUUCACUGAAGAAAAUUAUGUCUGGAAACAUGACUUUGGUAGAUGAACUUAGUGGGAUGCAACUGGCCAUUCAGGCGGCCAUCAGCCAGGCCUUUAAAACGCCAGAGGUUAUCAGAUUGUUUGCAAAGAAACAGCCAGGGCAGCUGCGGACAAGAUUAGCAGAGAUGGACAGAGACCUGAUGGUUGGAAAACUGGAAAGAGAUGUAUACACCCAACAGAAGCUAGAGAUCCUGACCGCCCUUCGGAAGCUCGGAGAAAAGCUGACCGCCGACGAUGAGGCCUUCCUUUCCACAAAUGCUGGCGCUGCCCUCAGCCAGUUUGAGAAAGUCUCUACUGAUCUUGGCUCUGGGGACAAAGUCCUUGCUUUGGCAAGUUUUGAAGUAGAAAAAAACCAAAAAUGAUGAGGAGCUGUGUCAGAUCCCUGGGCCUUGGUUACGGUACAAAUGGCACAUUUCUGUUUUCUGCUGUGGAUCCAAUGUCAUCUCCGAGAACCAUGGUGACAGCAUGAGAAGAGUAGAGUGGAGGCGUCCCCUGGCCUUGUCCAUGUGCUUCCCCAGCAUGUGGGUGGUGGGAGAGGGAUGUGCCCCAUGGAUGGAUGGAUGGAUGAUUUCAUUAAAACACACACACACCCCUUAGAAGUGUCUGUCUGUGGAAGGCAGCAGAGACAAGGGAGAAGGGCGCAUCUUCACGGCGGGCUGACUUCUCUGGCCAUCUCUGCUCAGCUUCCUUGUUUGCUUAUGCUGAUGGUGAAGGGAGACUCACAGGAACAACAGCUUGUUUCUCUCUUCCAGCUGUCUCUCCUCUUUGCUCCUUCCAUAUCCUUAGGGCUUCCCAACUCACGGGGCCUCAGUGACCUCGUCAACCUUCCCAUUCCAGAGGGAGAAAAAGGAGGUCCAAAGGGGUGAACUGAUUUGUUCCAAGUCAGUGGCAGAAUCAGGAGUAGAACCCAGAUCUCCAGACUCCCAGUGUAUCUCUUCCUACUACGCCAUGCUGCCUUCAUGCCCCAUGAAAGUGGUGUCUUCAGAGUCUUGCUCUAUACAUUUUGAGAAAGAUAUUUAGAGGAAGGCUGGCUUUUUUGAAAACUCUGUCCCAGCAGCCUGUCUGCUCUCCGUAUGAAUGGAGGCCAUUGUAGCUCUGAGUUUGGAACAGGGAACAAUGGGGGCCCUGUUGGUGGGAGCCUCCCGGAAUCACCGAACCUCCUGCAUUGUCUCGCCUGGGAAUCCAUAGGAAAUGGCAUCGCAAGGCCUGCCCUCUGUGACCUGGGCUCUGACCCUGGACCAAGCGCCUGGGAGCUAUCCCUCCCUCCCUGGUUUUCUAGGACCGAGAAAGAAGCCAUCCUGCCCUGUUGGCUUUCAUGCGUAUGUUCAGCUCUUCCUCAUUUACUCAUCUUCUGCCAUUCUUGAUGCGCUCUCUGUUUUCCCUGCUUAGUUUUCUCUGCACAUCACACAGAAUAUCACGUAUCUGCAGCUUUCCAUGUACUUUAAGCUGCUCUUUGGUUCAUGGAGGAGAAUUCUGUCUUAGGUAGAAAUCAUGGCCUCUUUAGAACUGGCAGUAGGAGUCCGUUGUCCAGGGUUACUGCUUGUGGCUUUUAGUCCCACUUACCUCCUGUCUUCCCUCACAGACAUCCCACUGCCCCCACCCCAUGAAGUUGUGGCUGACCUCCCAGAAGCACCUGCUAAUCAGCACCUUGUGCCUCCGUCCUCUUCCUUCCAGGGCCGUUCCUCAGCAGUCCGCCUUUUAUUCUAGCCAAGAUGAGGAGCAGAUUCUGUCCAGGCCCCCUUGGGAAGGUUCUAUGGGGACCUGGAGCCCAGUUUUGUUUUGUCUCCUUUAAACCAAGUCGUGACCUUGUAGGACAUAACUUGGCUUUCAUCAUUUUGAUCUUGAGUUUGAUCACGUGUUUUGAAGCGAAUUUCCCUUUAAAAAGACCAGUUGAAGUGGCCAAGUUUGUGGUGCCCAGAGGAACAAGAGGCUUUGAGGCCCUGCCUGCCUUGCUCAGAUGAGGGGAGAUCUCUACCACUGGCAAACCCGGCACCUCUUUCUAAAUGCACGAGUGCUCCCCAAAGUCUGCCAGGGUGGAGUAUUGUAGGAAAUGGUUUGAGAGAGAGUGUACUGUUGAACGGUUCUGUCUAUGUGCCAUGGACUCUGCUGGGGAUCUGGUGUUUCAUUAAAGGAGAGACCUUGAAAAGUGAAUAACAUCCUAUGCAAACCACAGUCAUUAAAUGAUUUUCAAACUUUGGCA